UUACAAAAUUUAUGUUGUGGAUCGCAGUUUUGUAAAUGGUGGGCCACCCCGAUUGUGACGUCAGGCAUGAUUUUUCCUUGCCUAAAAUAUGUAUGGCAUCGGCUGUUCGCUCGAAAAAAGUUUUUUGGUUGAAAACAUGAGAACGUGGAACGUAUGUGGUACCAUCUAUAUUCUAAGGCCAUCAGUCUCUUCGACGUCGUCUCGUCUAUCGAAAAACCAAAAAAGGAUUUAGUAGCAGUUAUUUAUUUAUUGUUGCAAAAUCUCUCAAAUUCGUUAAUCAUCUUGAAUUCCCAGAUAAUAUAAAUUGCCAAUCGCAGUUACUGCAGCAGGGGGCGAGCGAUGGCAUCGUCGUCAAGCUCAUCAGUGGUGUCCAUAAAACGAUGGGACUCUUCCAGUUCCAGAGGGCGUAGAAGCAUAGUUAGGGUUAACAUUCCUGUUCCAGCUGCUUCUCUGCCUUUCACCCGUUUCCAUCUCCCACCGAGUCCAACCCCUGCAGCUGUCAGGUGGAAAGGUGAAGUUAGAAAUAGAAAUACUAUUGGAUUGGCAUUCCAGAAUAAGAAUAAUAAUAGUAUUAGAAAGAAGAAGAGCGAUGCUCCCAAAGCAUGGAAAUGGAAUCCCCCUGUCUCACACUCACAACAGUUCAAAAAGUGGAUCCCCUACUGCUCCCACCUUAGCCGCAACUGCUACCAGAAGACAACUUCCUUUCCUCUCACAAGAUCUGCACCAACAUUCUUUCUCGAUAAAUCUUGCUUUCCUCUCUCCAUACACACACUCAACACCGCUUCUGGCAACCGUAUUUGUGCUCCAUGUGCUACUGUUGGUCCAGAUGAACCACAUGCAGCAAGUACUACCUGGCCAGAUGCUCUUCUGGAGAAACAAGAUUUUGAUUCAUUUUAUCCUCAAUUACAAACAACUGAAUUAGAGGGGUUUUUAUCUACCAAACUUCCUUCCCACCCAAUGUUACAUCGAGGACAAUUGAAAAAUGGCCUUCGCUACCUUAUUUUGCCGAAUAAAGUCCCACCAAACAGGUUUGAAGCACAUAUGGAGGUUCAUGUGGGAUCAAUUGAUGAGGAAGAUGAUGAGCAAGGAAUUGCACAUAUGAUCGAACAUGUCGCAUUCCUUGGAAGCAAGAAACGUGAGAAACUUCUUGGUACCGGGGCUCGUUCAAAUGCUUACACUGAUUUCCAACAUACAGUUUUUCACAUCCAUUCACCAACUUGUACCAAGGACUCUGAUGAAGAUUUGCUUCCACUUGUUCUGGAUGCGUUGAAUGAGAUAGCUUUCCAUCCAAAAUUCCUUUCUUCUCGGGUUGAAAAGGAGAGGCGGGCUAUACUUUCAGAAUUACAGAUGAUGAAUACAAUAGAGUACCGUGUUGACUGUCAGUUAUUACAACAUCUGCAUUCUGAAAACAAGCUAAGCAAAAGAUUUCCAAUUGGAUUAGAAGAGCAAAUUAAGAAGUGGGAUGCGGAUAAAAUAAGAAAAUUUCAUGAACGGUGGUAUUUCCCUGCUAAUGCAACUUUGUACGUUGUGGGGGACAUUGAUAAUAUCUCAAAGACAAUUUACCAGAUUGAAGCUGUUUUUGAACAAACUGGCCUUAAAAAUCAGACAGCCUCACCACCUACUUCUAGUGCAUUUGGUGCCAUGGCUAAAUUUCUCGUUCCUAAGCUCUCAGCUGGGUUUGCUGGAAGUUUAUCUUAUGAAAGUUCAUCUAAUUCUGCAGAUCAAUCUAAGAUUGUUAAAAAGGAAAGGCAUGCUGUUCAUCCUCCCAUAAAGCACAAUUGGUCUCUCCCCGGACAUAAUACAGACAUGAAGCCUCCGCAGAUAUUUCAGCAUGAGUUGCUUCAGAAUUUUUCAAUUAACAUGUUCUGCAAGAUUCCUGUGAACAAGGUCCACACUUUUGGGGACCUGAGAAAUGUUCUGAUGAAAAGAAUAUUUUUGUCUUCCUUGCAUUUUCGGAUUAAUACAAGAUACAAGAGUUCAAAUCCACCAUUUACUUCAGUUGAAUUGGACCAUAGUGAUUCAGGAAGGGAAGGAUGCACUGUCACAACUCUUACAGUCACAGCAGAGCCCAAGAAUUGGCAGAGUGCAAUUAAGGUUGCUGUUCAUGAGGUUCGAAGGCUCAAGGAAUUUGGUGUUACUAAGGGAGAAUUGACUCGCUAUAUGAAUGCACUGUUAAAAGAUAGUGAACAGCUGGCAGCAAUGAUUGACAAUGUGUCAUCAGUUGACAAUUUGGAUUUUAUUAUGGAAAGUGAUGCACUAGGCCAUACAGUUAUGGAUCAGAGACAAGGACAUGAGAGUUUGGUGGCUGUUGCUGGAACAGUUACUCUUGAUGAAGUAAACUCUAUUGGUGCACAGGUAUUAGAAUUUAUCUCUGAUUUUGGAAAACCUACUGCAUCUCUUCCAGCAGCUGUUGUUGCAUGUGUUCCAAAGAAAGUUCAUGUUGAUGGCAUUGGUGAAACUGAAUUUAAGAUAACUUCAAGCGAGAUAAUGGCUGCUAUAAAGUCAGGAUUGGAAGAAACCAUUGAAGCUGAGCCUGAGCUUGAGGUGCCAAAAGAAUUAAUAUCUCCAGUGCAGUUGCAAGAGUUAAGGAUGCAGCAGAGGCCUUCUUUUAUCCCACUUAGUCCUGAAAUAAAUGUCACAAAAGUUCAAGACAAGGAAACAGGGAUCACUCAACGCCGUCUUUCUAAUGGAAUUCCUGUAAAUUAUAGGAUUUCAAAAAAUGAAGCCCGGGGAGGUGUAAUGCGGCUCAUAGUUGGUGGGGGACGAGCAGCUGAAACUUCUGAUGCAAAAGGAGCUGUAAUUGUAGGAGUCCGAACUCUCAGUGAGAGUGGUUGUGUUGGCAACUUUUCAAGGGAACAGGUAGAACUUUUUUGUGUGAAUCACCUGAUAAAUUGCUCCUUGGAGUCUACUGAGGAAUUCAUUUCAAUGGAGUUCCGUUUUACUCUGAGAGACAACGGGAUGCAUGCUGCUUUCCAGUUACUUCAUAUGGUGCUUGAGCAUAGUGUCUGGCUUGAAGAUGCAUUUGAUAGAGCUAGACAAUUGUAUUUAUCGUACUACCGGUCCAUUCCGAAGAGUUUGGAACGGUCAACUGCUCACAAACUCAUGUUAGCAAUGAUGAAUGGUGAUGAGCGCUUUGUUGAACCUACUCCAAAAUCAUUACAAACUUUAACACUCAAAUCUGUAAAAGAUGCUGUGAUGAAUCAGUUUAUUGGUGAUAAUAUGGAGGUAAGUAUUGUAGGGGACUUCUCAGAGGAGGAGAUUGAGUCUUGUAUUCUUGAUUAUCUGGGAACAGUUAGAGCAUCAAGAGACGCUGAGAGAGAGCAUGGAUUUAGUCCAAUCUUGUUUCGACCUUCUCCAUCUGACUUGCAGUUUCAACAAGUAUUCUUGAAGGAUACUGAUGAAAGGGCAUGUGCAUAUAUUGCAGGCCCUGCACCAAAUCGUUGGGGUUUUACCGUUGAUGGAAAAGACCUAUUGGAGUCAGCUGGUGAUGUUCCAAUUGCUGAUGAUGCACAACCCGAUUCUGAGGGAAAAGAUGUUCAGAAGGAUCUGCGAAGAAAGCUUCGCGGCCAUCCACUUUUCUUUGGUAUAACAAUGGGGCUUCUGGCUGAGGUUAUAAAUUCUAGGCUUUUUACAACAGUCCGGGAUUCUCUUGGAUUAACAUAUGAUGUAUCAUUUGAAUUGAAGCUCUUUGAUCGACUUAAGCUUGGAUGGUAUGUGAUAUCUGUAACAUCAACUCCAAGCAAGGUAUUUAAAGCUGUUGAUGCUUGCAAGAACGUUCUUAGAGGUUUGCAUACCAACAAGAUUGCCCCACGGGAACUGGAUAGGGCAAAGCGGACACUUUUAAUGAGACAUGAAGCAGAAAUUAAGUCAAAUGCCUAUUGGCUUGGAUUGUUGGCUCACUUACAAGCUUCCUCUGUUCCAAGAAAGGGCAUUUCGUGCAUCAAAGAGCUUACUUCUCUAUAUGAGGCUGCUUCUAUCGAAGACAUCUACCUUGCUUAUGACCAGCUGAAGGUGGAUGAAGUUUCUUUAUAUUCGUGUAUUGGGAUUGCAGGGGCUCAUGCUGGUGAAGGCACUAUGGCUUCCUUAGAAGAGGAGGAAUCAAAUGAACGCUUUCAGGGAGUUAUUCCUGUUGGGCGUGGUUUAUCUACUAUGACAAGGCCAACAACAUGAACCUCUUUGAUGCCAUUUGCUGUUGGUGAAAAGGUGCGAAGCUGAAAGGUUGGUUUAAAACACACCAGGAAGUCUCUUCUUAUCGUCGUUCAGCAUCCCCUUUCCUCUUCUCUUAAUAGGUAUGCAGUUCAGACUUAUUUCUUAAUUUGCCAGCUUCUAGUAUGGUGGAAGUGUUCAGGAUUAUUUUAAGGGCAAAGCAACAAAGUCGUAGUAAAUCUAUCAAUCAUGGAGAUGCUAUGUCAAUGUCACACUAAAUACAAUCUGUUGAAAAGCCAGAUUCAUGGCAUUACAUGAUUUUGAUACUAAUAUACUUGUGUUCAUUGGGAAUUUAAGGGAUAGUAUUCAGUGCAUGGUAUAAAAAUGUGGUUUUUGGCAAUUUUGGCUGAAUUAAGCGCAAUUAAAUGGUGCUCCUCGUCCUUCUCUUAACCUCUUUUUUAAAUGGAAAUUGAUUGAAUUUGAUGUGCCUUAUUUUAAAGCUCAUUUUGCACUGAAACCCCCUCUUUCACAUUGCCGUUUUCUACAAGAAUUAUUUGGUGUGGCUUUCUGCUUGCAAUACAGUGACUCGUAUAAUACAUACUGAUUUACAGUUUCAAUCAUUGACGCGAGUUCCGCCAAUUUGUUAAUUAUGGGAUGUUGUUAUACGCUUCUUUGUCUUGUUAUUGUUGAUUAUACGCUACUUUUCAAUGUUGGUGAGUUAAAUUGGAUUAUCAGGCCAACUUAUUUCUGUUCAUAAAUAAGAAUGGUAACAGGCUGAAGUAGGAUUUGGAAAACAUGGUUUUGGCUAAAUUGAAUGUAUCAUUUCUGCUUAUAUCUAAUAUGGCGGUGAGAAUCAAGUGUGCUGACCUACCUGUGAUCCUAGAAGUAGAAAAUGGAGCAUGCAGGAUGGGGUUAUAUCCUUUUUAAGGCCAGAAAUGGGGCCUUCUAUAUUAAGUUUUUUAGUCUUAUAAUAAAGUCAGAAAGAAAUAACCAUUAGAUUUAUAUAGUUAAAUAAUCAACUAUCGGUUAAAUUUUAAAGUUGA